CGAAAAGGGAAUUUUUAGAUAGGGUAACCCUAAUUUAGAGCAAUGCAUCCCCUUGUCUUUUUUGUCAGAAGAGAAGAAAACGGUGGGAAAUACCCUAAUGCGAAGUGAAUUAUUCUGCACGAGAAGGUUCGUGCAAAUACAGAAAAACUUGGACACCCAACUUGGGCUCCAAAUGAAUUCUUGCUUCUAUAGUUCCUAAGGCAAUUUGUUAAAUAGGAGCUUUGGAUUUGUGGUUUGUUUUUUUCUCUGAAUGAGAAAUAGGCACGCAUGCAAAGACGACUCCUGGAACAUGAGAGCUUUUGUAAUGGACAGGAAGGAGUGAGGAAGGCUUGGUUGAGGCAACCCAACCUCCUUAGCUAGCAAGGCUGUUUUGCUAGCCAAGGCUAUGAAUUGACUGUUACACGUGAGGUGGAACGGUGGCGAUUUGCAAAGAAAACGUCACUGCCGGGGCGAAGGACCGUUAGGUUCCAGAAGGCCAGAAUUAGCCCCCUGAUUCUUGUAAAAACAUCUCAGGAAUUUUUAGUGUUGUCUUCUGCAGUUUGGCUAGAAGAUAGUUUUUCUUCUUUUUGUGCAAACACUUUGCUCUUAACUGCAGAUAAAUGCGGAAAAUUGCAAUCAAGCAGAAAAUUUAUUUGACCGAAGGAAAAUAAGUCUGGGGCUUGGCAGUCCUGUGGUGAUUAAUUUUUUUUCCCAUACCGUGCUCUGCCAUAAAUUAUCACUCUGUUUCCAGUGGAGAAACUAGACAGAGCCAAUCUGAAAGACUGAUAGAAACUCUAAUCUAGGAGAAGAGGAUAAAGAGCCUCCAUCUGCCAGGUUUCCAGCUUCCUGUUUCAUCUGGGACAUCCAAGGACUCAAAAUCCUCUUCUUUAAAAUGGAAGCAAGACAUGGUUUUUUCUCUGUGGUCCUCAACUUACAACCGCAAUUGAGCCUAAAACGUCCGUUGCUAAGCGAGGCAUUUGUUAAGGGAACUUUGUCCCAUUUUACGACCUUUCUUGCCACAGUUGUUAAGGGAGUCAUUGCAGUUGUUAAGUUAGGAACACGGUUGUUGUGUGAGUCUGACUCCCUCCUUGAUUUUCCUUGUCAGAAGGUCACAAAAGGGGAUUUACCUGAUCUCGGGAUAAUGCAACCGUCAUAAAUGUGAGUCAGUUGCCAACUGUCUGAAUUUUGAUCACGUGACUUAGGGAAUGCUGCGACAGUCGUAAGUGUGAAAUAUGGUCAUAAGUCCCUUUUUUCAGUGAUGUUGUAGCUUUGAAUGGUUACUAAAUGAACUGUUGUAGAUUGAGGUCUACGUGAACUGGUUGUGUGAAAAACAAGGGUGUACCUGACCCAUCAAGAAUACCAGGUUUAACUUAAUCGAGACGCAAUACAUGUUCCCUAAAACAUCACCUGGAAAAAGCUUGGAAAAAGCUAUCCCAGAAUCCUGGAAACGGUUAAAAAUGGGGUGACCCUCUUUAAAUUCCCUGCUGUCAUGCAAGAGGCAGAAAGUUAUGGUCAUCUGGCAUUUUCUCUCUUUUUCCAAGGCACCUUCGCUUUUUUCUUAAUCCGUGAUUAAUCAUUCCAUUUUUUGGAAAGGGAAGGAAAUAAAUUUCUCAGUUUCGAAAUUAAGCUUCUCUCUCUCUUUCCUGAAGCGGAUCCAGAACAGGCCAGGCUAAGAUGGACUUCGGUGGGUUUGUUGUCCAGCGGUGGAAAAUCUUCUACUGUCCUGCCCAUACUGUGGAAACCAAGUAACCAAGUUACCAGUAAGGCUGGCUGAGGAAUUCUGGGAGUUGAAGCCCACAAGUUCUUAAAAGUUGCCAAGUUUGGAGACCCCUAAAUUACAGUAACACAUCUAUGAGGAAAAAAUAUAUAUGUUUUUCCCACUUUGGUGGGACCUGCAACUCGCUGAAUUGGAGAGUUUGUUCAAGGAACUCCCAUUUUUUUUCCUUCUCUGGGAAGCCUUUCAGACCUGUUCCUACAACCCAGUUUCUCUCAGGUCAGGAGCCCGAAGCUAAAUUUGUAUAAAAUGCUAACCUUGGGUUUUUGGCUACUUAUGAUGUAACUUGAGAACAAAGCUUAUUUCGUCCUGUACCGGUCCGAUUUGAUAUAUGAAUGCAGAAGAUGGGUUAAUUCAGUAACCUAAUUAAAUGUGCUGUGUUAAUCCAACCGUGGAGAAACUAAAAGCUUCUCUUGGAGAGCCGAAUUCACAAAGCAGAAGUAUCUUGGUCCUUUCUCCCCGAGCGGUUCCUCCUUCUCCUUGGAAAUCGACAGCAGAGGGUGUUUCCUGUUUGUUUCCAGCCCAAGGAGGGUUAAACAUGUGCGAAGAGGAAGGGAAUCCCAAUUCUGGAACUUGAGACCUUCCAGCUGAGAGCGGGGAGAGAGAGAGAGAUGCAGGCAGACGUCACGACCCUCCUUGCCGCACUCGGCUCCCAUGUCAAAGGAAGUCUGCCGAAGGCGCACCGAGGGCUGCAGCACUACUGAGGAUAGAGAUAUGUAAUGCCAUCGCUUCCGACUCCGAUGUUUAAUCAAAUCUUCAGUCCAGAAAGUUACAUCUUUGGGGCUAAACUGCUGGCUCCUUUUAAAGUAUGGUGUGGAAUCCCGUGACAGCCUCUCCAGCCAAGAAUGGCGUCUUUCACAGGAAGUGAAGCUGAGAGCCUGCAAGAGCUGAGGGACCCACGUCUCCCAAGGUGUCCGCUGGAAUGAUGUGAUGAACCCUCCCCACGUCUCCUCUGCAGAGCCUCUCCUGCGGUCAAGAUGGGCGUAAGAGCUGUUCAAGAGGCAGAGAUGCCUCCCAGCCCCUGGAGAAGAAAAGAGAAUCCAAGGGAUGGAGAGUCCUUAGGCUGAGGAGGCGAAGGAGACAGGCUCUUAAGAAACCUGGUCCUUAAUGACAUCAUGGGAGAAACCCAGCAUGUUUAUGCCACCCGGGAUGUUGAGUCUGGUGGCCAGGACAAAGUUCUCAGCUUUGAGCCGUUCAGCAAGAAAGAUCCGGGUGAAGUUGAAAGCAGGCUGCUCGGCAACUCCAAGUCGGAGGGACAAAGUGGGGGCCACAAUGGGACCGACGUGGUCAGCAAGAAGGAGAAGGAGCCUCACAGCCAGCGGGAAGCUGUGAUCCGCCCCCAGAAAGCAGGCAAAAUAGACUUUAAGUCCCUCAACAACCGCCCCAGGUUUUCUGGGGCCAGUCCAUGGGGCGCUGCCAAAGGGAACCCCCCAUCUCCCCCUGGAAGGAGCCGGGCAAGAGAUAAGAGCAGCCGGCGGGCAGGGAGGAGCGAGCGGGGCCACCAGCAGCUCUACCGGCUCACUCUCAGCAAUGCCAGGCCCAACCCCACCAUUGGCAUUGCUUACCCUCAGCAGAAAAUCACACCCCCCAAGAAGGUUGAAGCUGACCGAGGACCGGUUUUGGGGAGCUACAGGUUCCACGUGCCCAGCCUCCCUGAAAGAGACCUGAAACUCCCUGAAGAAGAGCUGAGCUUUGGCCGCUGUUUUUCAGAGGCUCCCACCAGCCACAUCUCCAGCAACUAUACCUCACAAGCCACCACUGCAUGUCCAAGCCAUGGUUCGAAGAUACAACCACUGGUUAGUGUUCCUCCUGAAAAUCCUGGCACCAAAGGGCAGCUCCCUUACCUGGAGUUCCAAGCCAACGGAAGUAACUUGUGGCCUUCACCAGACAAAGGCUAUCCUGGUGCUAAUAAUGGACUCCCGGCCCCCAAGCCAAGCACGCAUUGCCUAGGACCUCUGUCCUUCCAGUAUCCUUUCUCCCCUUUGCACAGCUCGGCCUCAGAUCCAUUUCAAGGUGAGGCUCACCCCCAGGACUAUGGUGACAACAUCUCGUUGGCCACCAGUCAGGCUUCUCACGGUGCUUUUUCCUUCCAUUCUUCCUCCAGGGACUGGAAGGAGGAGGUUCUUGGCAACGGCUCCUAUGUGGAGAGCAGGACUUAUGGGCUGACUCCUCCCCCUGCUCCAUUCCACCUGCCACAUUCGCCGGGACACUUGCCCUGCUACAAAGGAAGGAACGGACCUUCCCCUGACCCCAAUGGUGCUAUCUCGCCUUCUGGUGCUAUUGACCAAAUCCCAAGCACUUUCCAAGAAAACCAAGCUGUUUUCCCACCCAGUUUACAUGCCUCGAGUACGCCGAAGGCCGUGGGUAAGAGGCAUCCGUCUUUGUCGAAAGACGGCGUAGCUAGUCAAAGGAUACUGGAUGUAGGCAGCUCUCUACGAAGGAACGGGCUACCAGUUACUCUCCCGCAAGUGCACUUUCAGAACAAGGCUUCCAAUGAAGCAUCCAGCUUGGUGCCUUUUGAGAAGAGCCUUCCCACCAGCGUUCAGGCCCACCCCCGGCUCCUGCAGGCCUGGGAGGGAGGCAAAAAGACUUAUUCCCCCAUGGAGCCAAGCUCGGCGGGGAGUCCCAGUCCAGGGGGCAGCCAGAUCUCCUUUGGGUACCAUUCGGGCCUUGGCAAAAAGGCCUGGCAGCAUCUGCAUCUCACCCCUGGUGUGCCCGGCCAGAAUAGACUCGAGCUGUCCAGAAAGUUGGCCAGCCAGAAGCUCCCUUUCCCCCUCAGCACCUCAGAGUGGGAGGGAAGCAAGAAACUGGUGGCUGAGGAUCUGGCUCCUCCCAGCUGCAGCUCAGCCAACAGCCUCUGCUUCGAAGGGCCAACCGAAGUGGAAGCGUCCAAGAACAAGACUUUCUUCCUCAGUGUGAGCCCAGCACGGCCUCCCAUCCCAUCUCACCACCCACCCAGUCCCAGUUUAGGGUUGCCACCAUCCACCUUAGCCCCAUCCCCCAAGGGGUCUCCUCUCUCGUCCCCCACCCCCAACCUCAACAGCAGCUGUUCCUCUCCCUCCCUCACCUCCAGCAGCCCUCCAGGCCACAGCUUUGAAGAGGAAGCUGCCAUGGCUGCCUCCACCUUCUUCCACCACCAAGGGCACUCGAAGGAUGGCAGUAAACCCUUCCAGGCCUCGGAGCUUGUUCCCUACCAGAUGGCCAACCCUCUCAAGGCCUUUCAACAGGAACUCCUCUACAAAGGUGUCUCUGUGGACAGCCAUUUCCAAAAAUCCAACCUGGAUGCCUCCAAAAAGUGCCCGGAGGGUUUUGAAAGCGAGCUGCCUCCACCACCUUACCCAUAUUCCUCCUCCCGUCACUUCCUGGCCAGCUCACUGAGCAGCACGAGUCUCGACCAGCUGGAUGUUUUCCUGACUUGCAAGCAGUGUGACCAGAACUUCAGCAACCUUUCCUCUUUCUUGGAGCACCGUCAGUUCUGCGGCUCUCACAUGGUCCUCCCAGGUCAGGUCAAGGACUCUUCCCGAGGAGCAGAAGUCAAGAAGCAACAUCGUGCCUCUCCUGAACCUGCAAAGCAAACCCAGACGAGCCUGGGGGUGCUUCUCCCUUCAGAUCCUCAUUUGCAACUGCUUGCUUUGAACAAGACAGUGGACUUCUUGGUGGAUGUAGAGGGUAAAGGUGAAUCCAAAGAUGAUCCUUUGAAACUGAACCAGCUCAAUGGCUUUCCCGGAAACUUCUUGCCACUCAACACUUCUGACUUGGAGAUCGAUGAUGCUAAGCUAGACAGCUUGAUCACUGAAGCUCUGAAUGGACUGGGAUACCAGUCGGAUAACCCUGAAAUUGACAGCAGCUUCAUAGAUGUGUUUGCUGAUGAAGAGCUGAUAUCCGUGAAGGCCACUAAUGCUGGGACAGCUUUCAAAACAAAAGAGAACUUGACUUUUGGAAACAAAGCCAAAAAUGUAGGAAUGGAUGAAAGCAUGAAAACGCUCAACUGCUGUGACAACCGUCCUAGUGGGGAGCUGGCCAAAAGUAAAACAUCAAAGCAACCUAAAGAGAGAGGAACAAACUGGCUUUCAGACUUUGGAGAAGAAAAACAUGAAACAUUCAAGAGUGCAGAAUUGCCUCGAAAUAAAGCCCUGGAGCCAUCGCUAUUUGGGGCAGCAGAAGAUGACACAAGUGCCCAGCAGAAAGCAGAGAAGAAGAACUGCAGUGGUCCUUUCCUGACUACAAAGCAGGGGAGCCAAACUAUGUCAGAUUUGAGGCAGACCAAGAACCUUUCCUGUGCUCCUCCAAGGAAUGAACGCAAGCCUGGUGGUACUCGCAGCAUGGCAGAAAGCACCACGCUGUCCAAGAAAGAUGCCAAGAAGAGGAAGCCACGGAGUGGCAGUUGGAGCAAGGAGCUUAUCCAUAAAAUUGUCCAGCAAAAGAACAAGUUCCAUAAACUCCACAGCCAGAAUAGCAAAGCGGUGUCACUUUCCUUGCUCACCAACCGGUUGCUUCCAGAACCAAAGGACAAUAAGUUUGGCGAGUAUGAAUACAUGUCGGAGUCAGAUGACGAGAGGGUAGAAUAUGCCAAGCAACACUGUAGGAGAAAGCUAGGCUCCAGAUUCAGCGGACGGCUCAGAAGCAGUUUGAGCAGAAGGAACCAAGGAAGAGGAGGAAGGGAGAAGGAGACAGAGCCCAUAUGGAGGUACGGAGGUUCCAGAAGAGGACAGGAAGAACUCGAAAGACUUGCAAGCAAGGAGCUGCAAAGGACAGAUGGUCCUGUAGCCAGAGUGAGGAGGAGAAGCAGUCGAUCCUCCACGAGCAGUUGCCAGAGUCCGAGCAUCUCCAGUGAGACCAGCAACAGCCCCCAGAGCACCGAGAGGGGGGAUUCAGACACUGAAAGAGAAAGUGAACAGAGGAAACAGUUCCUGAAAAUUUCCAGACGUGUCAGACCCCUUAACAGUCCUGAGAACAAAAGCAUAAGAAGAAGCCACAGUGUGGGUUCUGACUUGACUAGAAAGCCAAAUAAAGUUGACCCGCCUCAAACUCAGCCACUAGAUAACCGGCAAUUUCAGAAAGACAAUCCGAGCGUUUCCCAGGACACACAGCUCACCCAGAGCAGAGAGGUGUCAUAUCACUCCGAGGCCACAGCUGGGAAAGGCCCCACUGUGCUUCUUUCCCCUGAAGAUUCUGACCAGGACCAUGGAACCUUCUGCAGUGACAGUGGAAAGCCGAGGGUGGUGCCAAAAGAUGCAGAUGGGGCAGAGGGCCAUCACUGCCAUCGAUACACUGCCAGUAAAGGAGGGAUCUUGAAAAACCCAAUGGAAGAACUCCCUGGACCUCCUUCCGUGGGCAAGCACCGCCUUCCCACCGAGGAGAGCACCAGCUAUGAACAAGUGGACCUUGAGGGCCUGAAGAACCAGCAGGAACUCAUUAUGCCAAUCAGCUGCUUCGGCGACAAUCCUGGGAGCAGAGAGAUCUCUGGGAAAGGUGUCAACACAUUUCUGGAUGCUGCCCAUGCAUUUUAUGACUGCAAAGAAUUAUCCCACAGCUAUGAGACACCGAGUCUAUUCUCAGGGCCUCCGGCCAUGGAACCUUCCCCUGAUGGAAAUGCAUACUUAUGUCAAGGAGACUUUGACGUGCCCUCGUUCAAAGAGAAGCACGAUGGCAUCCUGCCCUGUGAAUCAGAUAAUGCCCAGGGUAAGGUCUCCUCGCCGCUUACUUUUGAUUCAUCGUCAGUAUUUUUAGAAUUCCCUAUUGCUGAGUUUGAUGCCAAUUUAUAUGAUAGUGUGGCUUCAAGCAAGGAUAAUUACAUCCCCUUUGAGUGUGCCAAUCAUCAGCUUAGCAAGAUAAUCCCCUUUGACCAGCAAUAUUCAUCUUUUCUGCCAGAAAAGGACUGGACGCUGAUAGAGGAGGUGGCUCCCAUUUUAGCAGAAGGUACACCCCAGAUUCCUAGACUGCCUGUUGAAAAACCAAGAGCGAAGAGGCACUCCAGCGAAAUCAGCCCCUUGUCUCUAUCCGACCAGCUUUCUGACUAUAAUGUGCAUUUCAUGAGUGGUCUGUCCGAGGAUGAGCUGGAGAUUAAAAGGUUGGUCACUGAGCUUGAAAGUCAGUUGCAAGCAAACAAGCUUCCUCUGCAGGCAUCUGAUGAAGACCAGGCUUCAGUGAAUCACAUCAGCAUGGAAGCCAAAGAACCAACUCAUGAGUUUUUGUCUUUAAGGCUGGACCAGGAACAAGAGGGCAAGGGAUUAUUUCUAAUGGAGGCUGGGUAUGAGAAUGCAAAGCUCCUUUCCACAGAAUCCUUUAGCAGUGAAAAUAUAGCAAAUGAGAAAAGACCCCUUCCAGCUUUGGACACCAAGUACGGAAGUCCCAAAGACCCUUGGCCAUGUGCAGGAUCAUUCAGCCCAUUAGGGCCAGCCCGAGAAUUGAUUCUGGUAGGUCCUUUUAGCCCCCAAGAGCACCAAGACAAAAUUGCUGAAAAUCUGAAGGCUAUCGAAAUUUCUGCUGAAGUUGACUUUGGGGAAAUAAAAAAUGCAUCUGCUAGAAACCUGGCAGAUUCAUGCCUUGAUGAGAUAUCAAACAGCUCCAAAGCUCCAGACAAUCCUGAACAGGUUAUACAAAGUCCUGAUUCAAUCUUUCCCGAGUCUCUGGAAGACAGUGAUUUAAAUCCCCAUGAGAAUUUGCCACUGAGACCAGAUGUGUUCCCAAAGCUACUCUUGGAUGAGAAAACAUGUGGUAGCCCCACCAAGUUAGAAUCAUAUAGCCACGAGGUCCCACAGUUAGAUCCGGAAUUUGACUUGCAAGAUGUGGACACUCCAGAAUCAGAUGAAAACUUCUCUUCUGGCGCACAAAGCAAAAAUCCAGAAAAGCAUCCACCUAAAAAGCUAGAAACUACAACUCUGUUCCAAGAAAAUGAAGAGGAACAUCUAGGUAGUCGUGAGGAGACUGGAAGCCAAACAGUUUGCCAGACUUUAAUGUUCAAUGCCAAAGCUGACAAUGGAGACACACCACACUUUGAUGUGUUGACUUUUUCCAAGGAGGUGGAUGGAGAAGUUGGGUUCAAGUCCCCCACGCAAGAGAAAGCAGGUAAUCCUCUUCAGCAGCUGCAGUUGUUUGUGGCCAGGACAGUUAAGAACAACGAGGAAGAGUUGGUGAGUUCAUCAUUCCCAGCUCAGCAUCCAGUGGCUCACCUGCCCUCGUGUGAGAACCUUCCUCCAGAGCUAGAAGAGGAGCUUAUGGACCAAGAGCCAAAUGAAGACAUCACCAGCAGCCCCGUGUUGGAGAACAAGAGGGAGACUCUGUUAAAAAAGACUGAGAAACUAGCCGAGUUUCCAACCAAACUGCUUUCAGAGCUGGAGACGGAGUCAGAACAUUUUGAUGAAUGGGCCUCAGAUGUUUCCAAAGACUCAGCCCCAUUGAACCCAGCACAAUGCGCUAAUGUUGUCCAGCAGCAGCACCUAAAGGUUGAAUGUUUGGAAGUGAACGGCCAUGCUACACAUGCAGAUGGGAUCUCCGUGGAAUCCGGUAACCUCUCUCCACUCAGAAACUCAGAAACAGCCUCGGUGCUAAGGGUGGGAAGAACACAGCCGAGUCAAGUUACCGGACUUGCAGGUGGGGUUCAAGAUGAGAAGACCUUGGCAUUUAGAGACUGCAGAAAAUCCCCCUUAAGCCCUUGGUCAUCCGAGAAGAAAACACCACAAGGUGCUUUAUCUACCAUGCUCCAAGCACAUGUGGACUCUUGCGCUUCUUGGAACUCUGGGGGCCAAGAGUUGGAGACUGCCAAAGUCCACCAGGUGGAAGAGAGUGAAGAUCAACUGCAACAUCUGCAACUGAACAUGUCGUUGACUCCCAUCUAUUCCCCUGAAAACCAAACUGAGGAUGCGCAUCUCCUGCAGAGAAAUGACUUCUCUUCAGCAAACAGCUCAAAGUCCACAGAAGGUCAUGAAUCAGAGAAGCAAGUCAAUUACUAUGCCGAAGCCUCCCAGGCUGGACUUUCUCUGGAGGUUGGCUUUGCUGGUCAGGAAAAAGUGCUAAAAACAAGCCAUGUUACAGGCUCUGACUUUGGAGGGAUUCCAUCUGAUGAGAACACCGGUCCAAUCACUGAAGCAACUCAUCAAGCUGCCUUCCUUGCCUGUGGCUUCCCCUCCAUUGUAGAGAAGACUGCAGUUCCUCAGCAGAGCCCACCCAGACCAAAGGGAUGUACAGAAGCUCUUCCGUUCUUCCUCUCCUGUGAUGCCAUUUCUCAUCUGUCCCCAGAUGUGCCUGAUGCCCUGGCUGAGGACCUCAACCGUGACUUGUUGGAACCUCAGGAGAAUGUCCCUCCGGGUUACUCCUCAGCUCUCUGCUCCAGCAAAGUAGCAUCUUCUUCUGCUAAAACAAACAGACCUUUGAACUUGCAAAUGAGUGACUGCAAAUCUCCUAGCAGGCUCCCUCUGAAAAGCAAGAAACAUUCUGAAGAGCCAGAUGAAGACAGUGUCGUGUUUUCUGCAAAGGAUGAUCCCAGUUGUCCUCAGGUAGUAUCCAUACAUGAUAUCUUGCUCAGCCCGCUUCCAUCAGGACUUGAUUCUGUUGAGCUUAGAGGUGGAGUCUGUCAUGAAAAUGUGUCAUCAACCUCCAAACCCCAAGGGGCAAAGGACAUUGAAGGAGACCCCCAGGAGGAAAGUAGAGAUCCAUGUCACUCAGAGUAUUUCCAGAAAGAUCUCGAUGUUCAAGAGGUGCCAGUUGUCCUUCUGACUAGAAUGGCCGAUGACACUAGUCAGAUUCCACCAAGAAGAUCCUCAAGUGACCCACAGGAUCUAGAAAACAGAAGCAAUUUGGAGAAGGAAGACUUUGCGUCGAAUGAGAAUGUGAAAAAACCAUCUGACUGCACAGAACAAUCCAUUCCUGAGGACCAAAUCUUAAGAAAUUAUUCUAAGCCUGGACAAUCCAAAGCAAGGAAGAGGAAAGGCUUGCAAAUCACUUGUGAUAUUUGCUCCACUUCUUUUAGAUCCAAAACUGGGCUGAUGAGACAUAAAGCUGUGAAACAUCAGAAGAAAAAGGAUAGUGUUGUGUUACCCGACGACAAUUUGACUCCAUUGGAAAAAGCGUUAAAGACAGGCAAAGUGUUCCCCAGGAAAAGCCUAACAUCCUCCAUCCAAGAGAAUUCUAGUAUCUCAGACCUUUCAAAAGCUGUAGGCCAGUCUUCUCCUAAAACUUCCAGAAGGCGAAAGAAGGAAUCAAAGGCACAGGGCCAGGAACUCCAUGGCCCAAAUGUUAUUUCGUUGGACACAAUUCAUGAAUUCCAGAUGAUACAUGAAAUACAACCCAUCAGCUCACAAGCAGAGAAAUCGGAAGGCUCAGAAAUCCAGUCUAGAAAAACCACAAGUACAGAAAAACUAAUCAAAGUGGUCCAUACCAAAAGAUCAAGUAGCUAUGCAAGGCAAAAAACCAAGGAAAAACCCAGGCAAGCAAAAAUGACGUCAGACAAAAAUGAGGUCACUGCCUCUUAUCUCCAGGAGUCUGAGGUCCCACCAGUUCAUUGUAAUGCCACUGGCAUCACUGAUGACCACAUUCUGACCACCAUCACAGAAGAACCUGGGAAUGGGUCAGAAGAGCAGAGCGAGGUAGCUUUGCCAUUGCUUCCUCAGCAGCCCUUGAGGAACGAAUUAGAAAACACUGGUGAGAAAAGACCCUCAGCUCAAAGGACAGUUAGACCACAGUUUCCUCAGGACGUGGACAGCCAUAAAGAGGAAGGAGAAGAGCUGGGACAAGAAGAGCAUAUCCAUGAGAGAUGGCCGAGUGAGGAUGAACUGGACCAGAAGCCAUCACAGAAGGGGCUGUUAGAAGAGAUGACUUGUACAAGUCAAAGUAGCCCAUUGAUAGACCUCACGAGCCCCAAUACCUUUUCACCACCCUGUCCCUCUGAAACUGCUUCUGAAAUAGGUUCUCCUAAACCCACAUCUGAGAAAGUAUUGGAGGCUCCUUGUUUUGUGACUCUGGAGCCCUGGAAGAGGGAAGAGCCCCAGCCACAGAAUGAGGAGUCUGCUGUUGAUCCUGCUGUCAAACCAGAUCUGCCGGGCUUGUUUGAUGAUGACUCCACAUUUUCACAGCUUUUCCCCAGAAACGAUGAGUUUGCCCGUAGAAAAUGCACACGUGUGUACGGGAAGCGCUCCAAAAAGCCUAAAGCUGUUUCAGAGAUCAUUGCGAAACCAGGAGGCGCACCGGAUCUUUUUACGAUCCGCAUGGCUUCUGAUCUUGGCGAAAACAGCUCCUUCUGUGUUACCCGGGAAGAUCCUUGUGAAUAUGACACAAUCUCUGUUGAUGAUGCUUUGAUGCUCAACAUGUGUCAUGGGAGUAAAGCCACGAGUGGUGAUGUUAAUUCCAGACCUACCAAAGAAACAGCCCAGCAACUGGAUACUGGGCAAAAGGAAGAAGACCCUGAUUUGAAAAACAGCAGUGUCUUUCUGUGCAAAGAGAGUCCAACUGGGUCUCUUCCAUGCUUUAAAAGCUGGAAUAACCUUGAGAAAGCAACAGAAGAUAAUUCUGCCGAGGGGCCAUCGCGUAACUCAUCCGUGCAGCUUCCUUAUGGGCAUUCGGGUGCAGAAGAAAACCCAGAACUGCCUGAUUUGAAAGAAAAAUCCCACAGCACCAAGGAAAAAACAUCUUCUGCAUUUCCUACCAUUGACAUGGAGAUGCUGAACAUGAAGUUUGAGACGAGGGAUGUGUGUUUCUGUCCCACUGGAGAAGAUCAACUGAGUCCCACAAAGAAGGAUGAUAAUGGUACCUUGGGUUCCAAGCCAACUUCACUGUUGCGAGUCAAGCCCGUAAAACAUAAGCUAGAAGAAGGGAAGACGGGCAAAACCCGCCAUGAUUUAAAUCUCAAGAAUAAAGACAAGCAGUAUAAAUGCAAAGUCUGCUUCCAGUGGUUCCUUACUUUAGGGGAACUGGACUUUCACAAGCUCAGCCAUAAUCCCUCCCCUCCGCCAACAUGUUACAUGUGUGUCCAGCGGAAAUUCAGCUCCAGGGAACAGCUGAGGGACCACUUAAAGGAGAAACACGCCAAGAACAAGGCUGGCUUCUGGGCCUGUGGGAUGUGCCUGAAGGAAAUUUCUGAUGUCUGGAUGUACAACGAACACUUGCGAGAACAUGCCACUCAGUUUGCCCGCAAAGGCCAGGCUCAGAAGUCUGUCUUGGGCCUGGGUUUCAGUGAAGAGGAUGCUGCUGUCACUCAUUUCCUCAACUCCAUCAUUUGCCGAAGACCCAGCAAGUUUUCCAAGCAGGCCGAAGGGGGAAAUGAAGCACCGGCUGUCAGCGAGGUCAAAGGUCCCAAAGAGUUUUCAGGACAAGAAACGGUGGUCCACAAAGACUUACCUGAGACCCCCUUCAGAAUCCGGCCACCCACAGCCUCCCUCAAAGUCCCAGCCAUUCCAUCUCCUGACCCAGUUCCGAAGGUCGAGGGGGCCCAGAAGUCGGUGCCCAUUCAUCCCGAGUGCAAAGAUCCAUCUCGAGAUUGCCACCACUGUGGGAAGCAGUUCCCCAAGCCCUUCAAACUUCAGCGACAUCUCGUGGUCCAUAGCCUGCAGAAGAUCUUCUUGUGCCACAAAUGUCCCAUGUUCUAUCAGGAGACCAAGGAGCUCCGGAGCCACCUUAGCCAAGAGCAUGAAAUAGCUGAAGAAGCCGACAUAAAGCACACCACUCUGUAUGCCUGUGAGCUUUGUGCAGAUGUCAUGCACGUCAUCAAGAAGUCUUUCAUAUGCAGCACUUGCAACUACACCUUCUCCAAAAAAGAACAGUAUGACAGACAUAUGGAGAAGCACCUGGUGGGCAGCAGCAAGACUUUCCGUUUUCGAGGUGUGAUGCGGCCGGGAUCAGGGGCAAAAUAUGGGAAGAAGGAUAUCAAAGAGGAGACCCGUGCAAGAGCAGAAGCUCCAGCAGCCAAAAAGAAGAAGGUGUCCCACUACCACAACUCUCCUGAGCUAGAUUUCCCUGUGCACUUGGAUGGAGCCCAAGCAUCUCAAGAAGGUAGUCAGACUCUGCUAUCUGCUGGUGAGGCUCUGUCCACAGCCACGAGCCUGGCCAUGCCCCCUUCAUCUCAGCCCCCUAUGGAAACAGAAGGCCUAGGAAGGGAUUUCUCUAGUCUCCUGGCUGAAACGGGGACAUCUCCACUUCACCACCUACUUCCAUCCCUUCCUCAUGAGCCCCAAGAUGACCCAAGCAGCCCAGAGCACAUUACUGCACUUUCUCCAGAAACAUGGGGACAUGCAGAGAGCCCUGGGGACAAUCUCACCCUUCUCUUAAACUCACCCGAUGCACUUAGCAGUGAUCUUGCCAGUGUGUCACCUAAGGAGACAACUGCUGCCCAAGAAAAACUGUCUCUGGCUUAUCUCUCUGACAAGAACAAGGAAAGCAACAUUCCAGAAAAACCAAUAGUUAGCCACAGGGCUGAACACAAUAUAGGGACCUGGGACAGCCCAUAUUUAGAAGACCUUGCCAGCAAAGUGCCCACAUUUUCUCCUGAAAAUCUGGAGUCUUCAGAAUGUAAAUGGUCUCCUGAAAUACAGUGGAGCAGUGAUUUGAAUGGAACAGCUGCUCAAGAGACUAUGAGCAAGUUACGUUUGCCAGAAACCAGCUUCCAUGAAUUGCCUCUCAAAGACAAGACAUCAUCAUCUACCCUGAACCGGCCUACCAAGGAGGUUCCUUCAAAGAAGGUCAUAGGUGGUCAGGCCAAUGCUGAUAACACCUCUGGCAUCCACUGCUCCCUAGAUGGUGCAGAAGAGGUUCAGAUGUGUCCACUCUUGAGAGACAAAGCUUUCCCAGAAGAUGCUCCCCCCAAAGAUACCAACUCCAGUGUUGGCACGAAAGAGACAGAACUCAACUUGGCCAGGCCUGUGAGUGGCCAUCUCCAAGGCGAAGCGGCGAGCACUCAGUCAAAGAACCACCAUUCUGAGCUGAACAAAUUCCCAGAAAGGCCAGCUGCGAAUCGGCUGGUCAAUCCUCACUCCAAAAAACCAAAGGAACACAAGUCCUCCCAUCGGGGAAGCUCGGCCUCCAGGGAGAACAUUGAAGGAGACGGCAGCAAAAAACGGAAAGGCCGGAGCCAAGAUUCUGUGAAGGGCGACCACGUCAAGAAGGUUGAUUGGCCCACUACUGAGGCAUUGGCCUUUUCCUCUCGACGGAGAGACACACAUGCCAACAAACAGGCCCCUAAACUCAAGAUGUCUGUGACGGACAGCCAGCUUAGAAAGUUGGUGCUUGACCAAGGCUUCCAGAAGAAGGUGGAGAUUGGCCAUGCUAAUGGAGAGUUGAGGCGCAAGAAGGAGAUCUUGGGGAGCAAAGCCCUCUACCCCCUCUUAACCAAAGACCCCUCUGCCUCCCUGCCCAGCUCUCUGAACCGCCGCAGAGCUGUCCAAGGUGCUAAAGUCCCCACUUCCCACAGUUACAGGACAGCUGAGUCCCAAACUCACCUCCUAAACCAACUGUUUGGUCAGAAAUUAACGAGCUUUAAAAUUCCUUUGAGAAGAGAUACUUCUGAGUAAUUUAUGGUGAUCCUUCGCUGCUUUCAUGGGGCUGGUGGGGGGGUUGGGGGGGAGAGAAAUUAUCAAAGCAUUACAUUCAUUUGUGUAGCUCAGUUUCUCUGUCUAGCUUAAAUGAACUUGCACUGCAGACUCUCAAAUAGUUUUUGCUUUGUGUCUUACUAAUCUACUUUAAUUCACCUGAUUUAUCAUGCAAAGGCUAGAACUUUGAUGUUGCCGAUGGUUCGUUCGUGGACUAAAAACGGUAAUCGCUUUGGGCAGAGCAAAGUGUCAAGAGGAAAUGUUUUAUGGCAGAAGUACUGAGGUUGUAAGGGUGGCUUGCAAAUCCCGGCCCCUUUUUCAGUCGGUGUCUCUCUUAUCUUUGGAUAAAGAAUUUGAAGACGUGAACUUCAUACUGGAGAUGCCUUAUUCAUGAGGUGCAGCACACUGUAGAAAGCAUUGGUGUCCCUCCCCCCUCCUCCUCCUUCUUCUGGAGGCUUUGCACAAAUAAUCCUGAGUGAUUUCAUUUAAUUGGGAACCAGCCUUAGACAAGAUACUUUGAAAAAUAAUUAUAAAACUAAGCAGGCCACAGUUUUGACAGACAGCCUUUCCCAAGAAUGUUGUGUUGAGGGUGAAUUUGUUCACUCCAGAGACUCUGAAAUUGCUCACCUCUCUUAGACCACUGUGUAGAUGUUGCUGAAAUGUUGUUGUUGUUGUUGUUUUUAAAAAAGAGUAAGGGGUGGGCCCUUUAACCUAGCUAAACUGCACCUUGAAGAUGUAUGACAGAGUUGAAUAUUUUUUAAAAAAUAUUGUUUUAAUAUUUUCCAGUGAGAAAACUGUGCCAAGACCACUCCUGCCCCACAUAGUAAGGCUUUCUUUGGGGGAGGGAAAAAGAGAUUUUUUUUAAAGAAAAGCCCAAAAAAAAACCCCUAACCCCAAACAUAAUAGUUUUUAAAGGCUUUCUGUAUCGAGGUAGUUGCUAAACUUGGUAUGGCUUUACACUAUGCAGUUCAGUGGUGCUAUUUUUCAUUGUAAUGUGAAUUCUAACAGGAACACACACAAGCAUAUACACAUGCACACAAACUCACAGGUUAAAAGAGGAACGGCGGCCUUUAUAAAUAGACACGCAGAGGGGUGUUAUUGUGGACAUCGCCCUGCACUUCUCACAACUCUGCAGUGCAUUUUAUAAAGGUUUAAAUCUUGAGGUUUGGUUCUCAGGAUAGAAUUGGGAAGAUCUGGGUCAGUGUUUCUUGAUGUGAAACACUUUUAAGAUAUACGAACUUCAACUUCCAGAAUUCUCCAGCCAGCAUAGCUGGCUGGGGAAUUCUGGGAAUUGAAGUCCGUACCUCAUAAAGUUGACAAAGUCAAAAAACACUGCACUGGACUGUUUCUGGGACCUCUGUGGGGGAGAGAGAGCAGAACAGUGCACUGAAGUAAUUUGGGGUACUCUCCCAGAAUACUCUGCAUAUGUCUUGCAGACUAAAUAAUGUUUGCUUUUAAGGUCUCUUUUUAUAUUAAAAAAACAAAGGAAUUACAUGACUUUAUCUUGUUAAUAUCUACCUUUACAGUUCACUGUUUUUAAAAAAAAUAGUUUGAUUAUACAUUUGGGUGCAAUGCAUUAUGUUAAAAGUUUUUAUUUUGAUAUUUGUGAGAAAGCAGAGGAGAGUGACCAUUUGGACUGUUUUUAUAAUGUUGGUCGGGUGCUCCUUGGGCCCUUCUUUUAAUAUUGUCAAAUAUAAUAAGGAAUGCGCAUACAAGACGGUACUGUAAAACGGGGCUGAGAUUUAUCCUCUCAAAUAUAGUCCAAUAUUUUCCCAGAAAUUUGCCGGUCUGUGUGACGUUUUUCUUUUUUCCUUUUAAAGUAAUUCUUUUACUAUAAGGAGAUUUUACACAGAUGUGGGGGGGAAAAACCCACAGAUAAAAGAGUAGGAAAAGAAAGAAAAUAUAAAGGAUUAAAAGAAAAAGUGAAAGAUGACAAAAAGAACAAAGAAAACGGAAAGGAUGACUUCUGAUCUUCUGAUCUUUAUCCCUUCCCGUAUCCCAUAGCAUGGUUCCCUUCUUCCUUUAAGCAAACCUUUUAAAUCAAUACAUUCCCAAAUCACGUUCGUUUAUAUUUAUUUUCAGCAAAAACUCCACUUGGUUUGCAGUUCUUUUAGGAAUGACAACCAUCAUCUUCUCCAUGUUGCUGUUCUACCCCAGAGUUUUCAGUAGAGGCUUCUGAGGCUCUGUGCUCAGUGGCGAGCUUCCUUUGUGAACAGGUUUGCUUUAAGGCUUGUGGAACUCAUUGUUACCAGAUGCUGCGGCAGCGCAACCAAAUAAUAAAAGUGGUGUUCAAAGCCAGUCUGUAUCUAGGGCUGCCUGGCUUUUCAGAGGCAACUGGGAAUUCUGAGAAGCAUCCAUAAAUCCAGAAAGAAAAACACCCAGAAGCAAAGCUCAGCCAUUCCUUUGCUUCUCUGACCAGGGAAAUACAUAAUCCGUCAACAACCUGGAGCUAAAGCGGUGAAGCUGAUGGGUUGGGACUCACUCCAGGAGUCCCAGUUUUCUCUUUUGGUGGCUGCUGAACCAGCCAUUAA